AUGACUCAGGGCCGAGAGGAGGAGGAAGCAGAAACAGAGCUGUGGAGGGCAGCCAGGGUGGAAGCCUGGAGGAAGAUCCCAGAAGAUCUGCUAGGUUUCAAAUGGCUUGGCAGCCUCACCAACCUUUCUUUUCGCCGCUCCACUGAGAAAUCAGACUCCAAGUCCUCCAAGUCAGGAGCAGGAGCUGAGUAUGAAGAUGGUUCUGAUGCCACAGGAACCAUGGCUCCAAUUGUUGAGACAACAAUGGAUGACAUGGACACCAUGCGCCCUCGGACUGCCAGCUAUGUUCGCUCUAGUGAGAACUAUAGUCACAUGGGCACGUUGCCACGGCUACUGAUGAAGAAGAGGGACAAGAGUACUAAAGGAGGCCCCAGCAGCAGCAAGAAGAGUAAAGACAAGAGGAGCAUCAGCAGAAGUCAAAGCCAGCGACCUGCUGGGAACAAAGACUGCGUGCCCCAAAGGCUCACAGCUGUUUUAUCCAAGGUGGCUGAAGAUAAGGCUACGGUGAAAGCAGAUGCUGGGCUCAAACAAGACUCCCUAAGUGAACCCAAGAGCCAGCAUGAACCUGCAAGUGAUAUCACAAACCCUGAAAACACCUCCUCUGGGCCCACAUCUGACCGUGAACAUGUGUCGCCAUCUAGUGGCUCAAGCACUGACAAGCAGGACAUCACGCAGGCAGGUGCAGAUUUGACUACAGACUCAAGACCUGAACCCCUGAAAAAAGAGUCGACCCCUCCACUCGGCCAGGGGAAUGAUCAGACCCGGCAGGAAGCAGAAGACAACGAAAACCAAAACUCUGAAAGCAUUUCCAGCCCCAUGGAGCCAGCAGAGAACCAGACAGAAUAUGUUCAGUUCUCCAAGGAGAAGUACCUGCUGGAGUCUCCCCCCGAGAAACUUCGUAAGGAGCUGGAGGAGGAGCUGAAACUGAGCUGUGCUGACAUCAGGAGCCAUGGCUGGUACCAUGGACACAUACCCAGAGAGGUGUCAGAAACUCUGGUUGUGCGUAAUGGAGAUUUCCUGGUGCGGGACUCCCUGACCAGUGUGGGCGACUACGUGCUGACCUGUCGAUGGGAUAAUGAGGUGCAACACUUCAAGGUCAGCAAAGUUCUGGUCAAAUCCAACGAGACCAAGGUGCAGUACGUGUUGGAGGCUGACAGUUUCGACUCGGUGCAAGAGCUUGUACGGUUUUACGUGGGCCAGCGCAAACCUGUCUCCCAAUCCAGCGGUGUCCACAUCUACUGUCCAGUUAGCAGGACUUUGCCCCUGCGCUACCUUGAGGCCACUUUCGCCCUGUCCAACAGCAAGCAAGGCUCUGCCUACUCACCAUCCAAUCAGAGGGGAGCGUACAUCAAGAGAAGGAGUGUCACAAUGACUGACGGGCUGACGACAGAGAAGUUGAUACCUCACAGCCCUUCAACCAUUCACCACCAUAAAGACGCAAUGCGGAACUGUGCAAUGAGCAUGGACCAGAUUCAGGAGUAUCGUUGCCCCUUGUCACCUGUUGGAGAAAUCCCUCUGUCUCCUGCAUAUAGUGCCAUCACCAGGCAGAGAGCGCACUCAGGAGGGCGGGCCCUGGCUGUUGUCCCACCCUCCCCUGCGAUGCGUCGUUCCAGCGACCCUCAGCUCAGCCCCUCAGCCAGUAACAACCCUCCGGAGCAUCCAGCGCAUACCUCUCAUUCAGCACACUCCUCACCCGCCCAUCAUCCAAGCUACCAAUCGCAUUCCUCAGAAACAGCAGGGAGCUACUGUGACCUCAGACCUUGCCCCGCCGGGCCCCCCAAACCCCCGACUAAAAGCUACGUGGAACGAUUGCGAGUGGAAGAAGGGAGAGUGGAGGGAGCGAGGGAGGAAGGAGAGGGGAUGUUCAGCGCUCCACAGGUGGAGACAUCGUCCUCCUUCAGGCCAUCCAGGUUCGAGUCUUGCCUUUUACCCACUGAGAAUAAGCCUCUGGAGAUGUUCGUGCUGAAGAGAGUCAAAGAGCUGCUGGCUGAGGUGGAUGCAAGGACCGCAGCUAAACACAUCACCAUGGUGGACUGCACGGUUGCUAGAAUAUUGGGCGUAAACUCAGAUAUGCAAAGGAUGAUGGGAGUGUCCUCAGGGUUGGAGUUGCUGACAUUACCACAUGGACACCAGCUGAGACUUGACCUGCUGGAGAGGUUUUACACCAUGUCUAUCAUGAUGGCAGUGGACCUGCUUGGCUGCACAGGAAGCACUGAAGAGAGAGCGGCCCUGCUCCAUAAGACCAUCCAAUUAGCAGCAGAGUUGAAAAGCAACCUGGGCAACAUGUUUGGCUUUGCUGCUGUGAUGAGAGCCCUGGAGCUGCCACAGAUUUCUCGCCUGGAGCAGACGUGGGUGACAUUACGCCAGAGACAUACAGAGGGCGCUAUUCUGUAUGAGAAGAAACUCAAACCUUUCAUGAAGAAUGUGAACGAUGGAAAAGAGUCUAGUGUCCUCUCCAACACCUCCUUCCCCCACAUCAUUCCUGUGCUGUCCUUACUGGAGCGGGGCGUGAGUCUCGGGGAAGGGUUGGAGCCCUGGGAGAGUGCAGAAAUGGGAGUGGAUGUGGUCAUGUACCACCUCGAAGGAGCUCGUACCAUCGCACAGCAGGGGGGAAUCUACAAAACCAAUGUUGAGACCAAACUGCAGGGAUUCCAGGAGAGAGCAGAAAUACGCGACAUCUUCCAGACAGAGUUUCAGAUGCGUCUCCUGUGGGGCAGCCGCGGCUCUGAGGGCAGCCAAUCGGAACGUUACGAGAAGUUCGACAAGGUCCUCACCGCCCUCUCACACAAGCUCGAGCCUCCUGUGCGCCACAGCGAGCUAUAGCACCCGCCACAACGCCGAUCAUUGCCAAAACACCCCCAUCUGCAUUUACCACUCAUACUGGUAUGAUCUUGUUUUGCAUCGUAGCGGAUGAUGUGGAAGAGACGGCAAGGAGGGUGAGAGUGACUGAAGAGGCAGCUAAAGGAGCAUCUGAAGUGAGCAAUAGGAAUACGGAAGUGAGAGUCUCACUUAGAACAAUUGUUGCACUCACUGUGGACGCCAAAUAAGGCACAG